AUGGCAGGCGCAGUCGCGAAGCCUGAUGCUGCCAUGGGGAAAUCGCCCGCGCGGCAGGCGCGUUAUUCAGGUGAGCUCAUCCCGUUGCCACCUACCCUUUACCUUCCUCCGGGUGCGACUGACAUCGACGCUCGCCUCGCAGCUGUGACCGCCGGUCGAAUUAAGUACGCAGACCCGCGCAGCUUGCCCAGCUUUCCCUCGUCGGGCCUCGCUCCUGGCUGUGCUGCAGCCAACGCCGCAGCCAGUCUUGGCUGGAUCAGCCGGAAGCCAGUCGAGCCUUGGAAGCCGGAAAGAACAACAUCCGCCUCGGCCGCUGCUGCCAUGGCUAAUAACUACACCAUGUCGCCUCCACGGGAGCAUGCCAUGUUAUCGGACGGCCACCGAGCAGCCAUGAUUGCCGUCGGAUCGGCCGGCACGUUCCUGAAGCAACCAUCCACGAAGCUCUCCACUCAGCAGCGGAGAUCUUGGGGAAACUCGGCUGCGAUGCAAGCCUUUCACACCAGCCGCCCUGCCUCGGCGGAGCCAACGAAGGUCUCCCACGGCAGCUUCGCCGCGACGCAAGCCUUCAACAUCAACCAAUCUCACUCGAUGAAGAAGACUGCGGCCCCGUCCCGACAAGAAGCCGGCAAGUCCUUGCUUGCUGCUCAAGGGGCCAUGUCGUCCAGACGAAGAGCCAGCACCUAUUCGGAAAUCGGCGUCAAGGAUGCCCAUGCUGCCGAGGCGAGUGCCGCCGCGAGCGCUCUCAACGGCGCAGUGCGAGCCCACCAAGCGUCGCUGCAAGCCAAACCGCCGUUGGCGGAUGUCGGCGCCGUUUCUGUCACCACCAUGACCCGAAACAUGUUUACUUCGCACCCACCGGUGAAGCCCGAGGUUGAUGAGCAAAGAUUCAACAUGAGGAUGCACCAAUCGGCUCUCGACAUGGCCCGGAAGAUGUACCGGCACCAGCAGCAGAUGGUCGAUCAGACGAGGGAGGCCCACGGCGAGGAAACCGCAGCGGCCCCCCGUAGCCCGUUCCUCAACCUUCAGGAUGCAGCGUACAAGCAAGCGCAGAACCGGCUGUCCAAGCUCCACGACGAGCACCAACAGGGUCGUGAGUAUCAGGAGUACUACGGCAACGAAACGACGCCCCGACGUAAAUUCUCCAUGACCAACAAGCUGCGACGACGAUCGUCCGAGAACGACGCACUAAACGACCGGGAACGGUCUCGUAAGAUUCGGGAACAGAUGUCCAUCUUCUCGACCAAGCUGUCCCAGGUGGACAACGAUAAGCGCGAAAGGGACCGCGAGGCGCUCCUGGCAACUGCGCAGCGCAACGUCAAGGCCCGUCUCCAGGACAUGGACAAGGACGUCUACCACGAGACCGCACGGGCAAGGCCAACCUCGGCAGGCGAAUGGGAGCGCAAGGUCCAGCAGGCUGCCCAGUUGCGCCACAACACUGGUGGUGAGAAGAAGGGCCAGGUAGACGUUGGCGGUGGCAAGUACGUGUCACAGGAGGAGGUGGAUGCGAUUGCCACCAAGAGAGUGCAGCCUGUGCUUGAUGACAUCAACGCAAAGGCAGAGGCCGAGCUUGCGCGGCAGGCGGUGCUGAAGUUUGACAAGGAAGAAAAGCGAGAGGAUGCCGAGAAAAGAAAAUACCGUGACCGCGAAAUCAGGGAGGUGGAAAGGAAAACGAAGGAGCUGGACAGACAAGACGAGAGGUCGAGGAAGCUGCAAGAGAAAAGGGAGGAAAGGGUGAAGAAGGGCGAGGCGCGGGCCGCAAAAGCCGAACAAAAGCGAGCGGUCAAGGAGAAACGAAGGUCCAAGCAGGACAGCGCAACUGCCAACCACAGUCAGGACGACGAACGGUCGGCUGGGGUUGAUGAAAACCUUGAUGUCGGCAGCGCUCAGCGGAGUCCCGUUCAUCCAAGAGUAGAGACGGCGGCUGGAUCCGCCAGUGCCGCGCAGCUUAAAGCCGAGCUCGCCAUCUCGCCAACGUCCAAGGUCAAGGGUUGGAUCAAGACUCAUUUCUCGCGAGGCAAAUCGAUCAGCGAAAGUAAUGACAAGCGAGGCAGUUUUUCAGGGGGUGCGGCCAUGAGGGACUACAGAUUUGGAAUGUCGUCCAGCCCCGACAACCGAUCCACGAGCAUGCGAGACGUGGCCAUCGCCGGCAAAGACGAUGGCUCGAAGAGCGAGCGUACCAACGCCGACAAGCAGGCAGCCGGGCGGGAAUGGGAACACGAUUCAUAUGGUGAGAGUCCUAUUAGUCCUCGGACCAUACCGCCAUUUCCGCGGGGGGGAAAGUUGGAGAACAACGUCGAUGAAGAGGAAGUGCGACACAGUCCAAGUAUUAGCAUCAGCAUCGAAGCACCCAAGUCAACGGAAGAUGAGAUGGCGCGAAAGAGCAGGAGUCCAGCACGCGACUCUCGAUUUCGCGAAGAGAUGGAUAAAUAA